AUGACUCAUGACGUCGUCUGGUUUCGUGUUGUAAUCAAGGUGUGGUCGGCUGUUGUGCAGGUGCACCAAAUUGUGUCAGCACAUCAAGUCAGUGUAGAAACAUUCACAUGUAAAACACAAUGACUUCACACUCAAAUAUGGGUAAUAUGGGUAUGAUAUCAAAAUUUUACAAGAAGCCAAAUUGACUGUCCAAUCAAAGCUACAGGAGACUCAAUAUCUCACUGUGUAAUUGAAUCAUAUAUCAUUCAUAUCCUUUUAAUGCCUGAAACCACACAUUAUGGCCAGACAAUUCACAUUUUUUGGAGCUGAAAUGUUCAUUUUACUUACUUCUGUAAAUCUGUAAAAAAAUCUAAAUAUCCUUAAAAUUUAACAAAUAUAUUUAUGUAUCUUGUUUGAUACAUUGGAUGUUUUUGGAAACUGAAAAACUACAAGAGGACAUUUGUAUUAUUAAUUGGACUGUAUUCAGGUGUUUUUUUUAGUAAUUUGUUGAUCAUAUUGAUUUGAUAGAAGUAUAUAAAAGUAUGUUUCAAAUAAGGAUUAAUUAAUACUUUUUUCCUUCUCUGUUAAUCAAUUUAAAAGACAUCAGUUUUAACAAUAGCAAGUUAUUUUGAGAAGUUAGGAUUAUCUCCGUGUAAUGGAAGAUGACUUGUGUAGAUAUCAUUUUCGUAUGAGACUUUGGGGUGGAAAAUCCUUUUUUUUUUUGUAAGAAGAAGAAUAAAAUUUUAAUUGGAGUCCUAAAGUUUAGUCGUGAUGUUUCCUCCCUCAUAUCACUUAAAGUGUCUUUACUGAAGCCGUUUCGAAAAGCAAACAUCUCCUCUCUGUUUGCUCUAUCGACUACAGUCCCUAACAAUAAACCAGACUCUGACGUCUCUCCCUCCCCGUGUGGAGGAGCUGUGGCAGCAGGGUGGGGUCGGGGUGAGAGUGGGCGGAGUCUACGCGCUGAGGUGACGCUCCUUUUUACUCAUUUUUGUUCAGCGGACUGUCGGCCAGCAGCAGCAGCAGAGGCAGCAGCAGCAGCUUUGGUGGAGAGUAGAAAGUGGAAGGCAGGAAUACAGAGACGUGUCCGUGCUGAGAAAAACUACUUCAGUCUGGAAUAAAACUUGAACACUUCUGUGUGUUUCCACAGGUAAGAUCCUGAACCUUUGGUUAUUCCCUCCAAAUGCAGACUUUUAAAAUCUCUUAACCGUGUUUUGCCGUCGACACAUGCAGUUUUUUUUCCCUUUUCCUCCUUCAGUUGUAGUUUCUAUCCAAUUGUCAGAAGUGUGUAGCCUUUUUCCUCCCAUUAUAUGUUUCCUUAAUUUCUCCUUGUGUUUUUCCUCGGUGCGAAACCAAUCCUCAUAUUUGGAAUUCAUUUCCGCAUGCCUCAAACUGACCGCUGCUGUUUCGCUGUAACGUCGAGUCGCGAGCUCCGCUUACAACAAAAGUUUGGUCUCGACUACGAACUUAUUAUCGUCAAGUGUCACUGAAACUCUCUGAUAAAACUAAAAGGACGUUUCUGACUCCAGUAUCGAUUAAUCGGCUCGACGUCACUUGUCAAUGGAGUGUCCCAGUGCGCGCGGGCGUACCUGUUUUCGCGUGCGAGAGAGGCAGGUGAAGAGGAAGGGGCUAUAAACAAUUACCAUAUGUUAAGCUAAUUUACCUCCCUUUUUUUCUGAUCUAAUCCAAUACAAAUACCUGGGCUGAGCAUAUCGGCCGAUAUCUGAUACGAUCCAAUACUACUGUUAAAUAAAUGAACUGUAUACCUUGCCCUGUGAGUGAAAGCAUCAGGCUUGAUAUUAGCCUUGUUAAAAAAAGUAACAAAUUAACACAGAUAUGACUUUACUUAAUGUUAUUUAUUAACAAAUAAAUUGCACAUUAGCACACAGCAAAAAGAAGCAAGACUGAUUUGGAAAGCUGGAUUGGCGUCAUUCAUCAGAUAUCCGAUUCAGUGAAUUUGUCAAUAUCAGAGCCAAUAUCUGAUCCAAAUAUUGGACCGGUGCAUCCCUAGUAGAGACUGUGAAACACAGUUAGUACCACAGGGAUAAUCUCUCACAUAAACUUUUACAGGCACUUCUUAUCCAGAUAACAACACAGCAUUCAUGGUUUCAGCUAAAUCAUAGUUGUAGUAAAGUAGGGCUGAUGUGAUCAACUGAUUAACCAAUUUGCGUAGGAAGUUAUUUGCAGCUGUUUCUAAAAUACACUCAUCUCCAAGAAAUUGUUAACCCUUUAAUGCCUUUUGUAUCAUAUUUGAUACAUACUUUUAUAUACUUCUAUCAGAUGAAUAUGAUCAACAUAUUACUAAAUAAAACCCAGAAUACAGUCUGAUAAAUGAUAAAAAUUGUAGUUGAUUAGUUUCCAAAAAAAUCUAGUGUAUCAAACGAGAUACAUAAGUAUAUUUGUUUAAUUUUAAGGACAUUUUGAUUUUUUUGGUUUUCAGUAGUAAGUCAAAUAAACAUUUCAGCUCCAAAAAAAUGUGAAUUUUCUGGACAUAAUUUGUGGUUUCAGGCAUUAAAGGACUGCAGCAAGUGUUUAGUUUUCUGCUUAAUUUACAAUUUUGUUUUGUUUGACCUUUAUGAUAUGAAUGCAUUUAUUUUGCAAGUUAAUGAUUCCCAGAAUAUGGUUAGGGCCAAAUAUGACAUGAUUUUGAUCAAUUUAUCUAAAUGUGAUCUGGUAGAAUAAAGCAGAUGAAACAAAAAGUGAGUUACGAGCUCCAUCUCUAAUAUUUAAGCCCAAACAACAAAAAAAUGAAGUGAAGCAACGAUCUAAUUUUGCAGCGGGGAGGUUAGUUUGCAGACGUGUGUAAAUGUAUGACGAUGAAUUAUUAAUCACAUCCCUAAAAUGUGUACGUGUUAUGAUGGAGCUCAUGACUCCCACACCGCUGUGAUGUCUCCAGAUGUUGCCAGAUCUUCCAUGAUGUCAUUAUUCAGUUCGCUCGUGGGUCAGACUCGACAGGACAGACGUCUUAUCAGUCAUGCUCCUGAAUGACCUCAGAAUAGUUUUUUUUUUUCCAUUCAAUUUGAUUGGUAAAUCCACUUAGACAAGCAUCAGUUGUAAAGUACUUUGAUACUAUCUGGUCUGUCUCAUCUAAUAAAGCCAGUUUCUUCAAUAACGUCCAUUAUAUUAAUAAGAAGUUACAGAGCCUGAGUCCACUGGUUUAUUAAACACUGAAUCAAAUUUACUACUGGUCUUUUUCCAAACAGUCAGGGAGUUAUAAAAACAAAAAGCACCAGAAAUAGGGCUGAACAAGUUUGAGGCGUUCAUGUCGUUCUCGUUCAGCGUGUCCAGCUGAGGCCAUUGAAUGUGUGUCAUGCUGAAUAGGACAGGGUGCCAAUACUUUCUGCCAGUCAGCCCUCUGCCAAGCUCACCCAGGGUCUGUGUCAUCAAGUAGUGCAGCAGCAGACAGCACCCUGGUUGAAAAGCUGUUCCUGUCUGCCCUCCAGGGAAGGGGGCGGCUGGAUGGUGGGCCGGCGGCGGUGGCGGGGGGAAGCGAGGGGGAGAGACUUACUGUAGAUUUCGCAGCUACAGCUGUGGGAGCACGGUGAUUAUCUCCCCCCUCCUGCUUAAUUCCGUGAUACUGUCCUACAUUAGCAGAGCAAGUGGCCAGGAGAUCCUUCAGUUUAUAAAUAGGUCUACACUUUGCAAAGGGGAUUACUGUAUGGUAUAAACCCUGACCUCUUUGUUUAAGGAUUUCUCUCUCUGUGGCUUCACCGUCUUGCCUCAUUUUUGUCUGUUCAUUGGUGCCUGACUGAGUACUUUCCAGGGGCUCAGUUACAACCUCCAAACGCACACGUCCAAUGACCUGCACAGUGUUUGCAUAACACCCAGCCUCCUCUGUGUUUUACUGUUCCCAUGGAGAAAGAGGCACGCAGAGAUAAAGUUUCCCUAUCCGCUAUGAUAGGGGUCUUUGUGGUUGAAGUCAAAAGGGAGUUUGGUGUGACAGUAUCAAAAUCUCCAUGGGGUUCCCUUCCAGAGGAUUAAGUGAAAUCUUCUUCAGACAAUAAGGUCGUCAAGCCAAAGCUGAUCUAUCCAGCCAAGCAGCCUCCCAGACACCCAGUACUCUGAUGGAAUUAUAAUCUCUGACCAACAAACCCAGUGAAUAAACACCUCAAACAUGGACGUCUCAACGGGCAGGUGCAACAAAACAUUAGGUCUUCAGAGAAAGGGGCUCAUUAAGCCAUUCAAAGGAAUUCUAAGGGUCUUUGUUCAGGACAAAAAAACAGUCAUUGAAUAAUUGGCAGGAUGGCCUGAAAACAUCCUUUCGUUUGAGAGAUUCUGCUGUCACUGACACAAGAUAAAAUCAGAAGCCUCGAGCAUAGCACACCGUAUAAUGCUGAGCAAGUAAAGCUGACACAGGCCAGCUCAACUUUUCCCAUGACGGUCUCUGAAAUUAAUUAUUUACCUUCAACAGUUCACUCAGUUGGAUCAAAGUAGGAAGACAAAAAAUGUCCCUUACUUAAAACGUCAAAGGCCUAAUGGCUGUUUCUUCCCAUCACUUGCACUCUUGAAUCUGUGUGAAUGUCUGCCAGGUCAUUCACUGCAGCUCAGCUCCUAUCAAAGCUCUGUCCAAAACACUCAAGCACCCGUCCAAUAGCUGCUGGAAAUAGCUGAAUCUGGCUGUUUUCUCCAGAAUACAUUACAGAUGAUAAUUUUUUCAUUACUAACAGAGUAACCAAGAAAAGGGGGGUGGGGAGUAAACCAGAUUCCAGCUCUGACUCAAAAGAUAAAGUUUUCACAGUUGGAUGAUUUGGCUGAGUCGUAUUUCUCAGCAUAGUGUCUGCGAUGAGGCCUGCGGUGUCGGCUGUGCUCCUCCUCCUCCUCCUCUUCCUCCUCCUCCCUGUCGCUUAAUUACACUUGUAUGAGAGAUUAAGGAGAGUAAGGACAGCUAGGGUGUGGCUGAAAAGGAAAGCAAAUUACCAGAGCGUGUGAGUUGUGACAUAUUCAUACUCAUAUGGCAUAUUCACUACUCGAUCUCACAAAGAAAGAAAUAGCCUCACAUUCCCUCACUGUUCGGUGAAACUCAUCGUAACUCAGCUGUUGGUUGUGUUCAUGUUGGAUUUCAUGCUCUGGAGUGAGUUGUGCAAUCCUUUGCCCCUUCGAAUACUUUACAGAGUAACUGGAUACAGAGGAAAGUUGAGCUGUUAUUCUUUCUUCUUAUUCGUCAUGAAGUGUUAAAAUUAAAGGGAAUUGUCUGAAAAUAGCUGGUCUGGUUUAACUUUUCACUCUUCAUGUUUCUUAUUUGUUUGUGUUCGUCAUAAAGAAAGCAUGAACUUGAGGUGUUUCUUCUGCCCCCCUCCCUUUCUGCAGACUUCUCCCCUGCUCUCCAAAGCACCCCCUCCCGCUCCCUCGUGCCUCUAAUCUCCCUGAAAAAUUAAUCAUCUGUCACAUCGCCUCAGUGCUCAGCCGUACACCGAUGCGUAGCAGUCACAGUUUAAGAAAUAACUCUCCGUCAGGCCUUUAAACGGGGGGCUUUGGAUGCAGCGCUGGCCACUAAUCUUGGCCAGUGAACACACAGAGGCAUUUUGAUGUGCUUCAGCCUUUUUGGUUCCAUCCAACAGGGACACUUGAGACCCGGUUUCCUUUUCACUGUGACAGCAGUCAAUGGGACAAUGCAGCUACUCUUUUCCUCUCUACACCAAACAAAGUAACACAGAACCUCUCUGUGCUGUAUCACAGACUCAGUCCAUCCGCUUCCUUCCUAUAUAGUCCACCAAACAACAUGGAGGGUGGGCCAUCCGUCUUACCGCAGAUCUGCAGACAAACAGACGACUUAAAAUCACUUUUUACUCCCCCAAAACCAAAACACUGAGCAUCAAAUGUUCAAAAAUUAAACAGUAUAUGUAGAGCUCUCUUGUUAUGGAUGUUAGUUGGAUCAAUUCUCUUCUUUUCACAUUAUCUGACAUGUAAUUGGCUAUUUGGUGACCUUUGUGGCUUUUCAGAGAGGGUUUAUAACUAAGGUACACCCUUUUUUUUUUCCCCCUUUGACUCAUUCCCUUCUUCUUUAUCAGCUUCGUGUAAUCUGAUCCUGCAAUGCUCUCCAGCACCUCCUCUGAGGCAGCUCACAUUUCCUUUGAUUCACAGCGAGGUCCCACAGGGAGUAAACAACUGCACACCAGUUUGCAGCCAACAUACUGGAUCCAGUGGCCUAAUUCGACUCAUUAAAGUGGCUGCAGUGAAUCAACUGACAGAUCAGGGACCAUUAACCAUCCCGCUGUUUAUUUAAUUCAUCGGCACGCUGGCUGUGGUUGACUUGUUGUUGGGAAUGUUUCCAGAUCAGGAAAGGAAGCAGCGGGAAAUGCUCCUCUGUAUCUGCCACGUUUAGAUGGAGUCAGUGUGUGUACGUAGCUCACCCCAGCAGUAUCUCGUUGUCUGUUCUUUCUCUGUGAGCUCUUGGCAUGUCGGCGUUGCUGUGGUCUGGAUUUUAUCAGCUGCCUGUUACAGUCAAUUGACGAAUGCUCUCCCUGAAAAAGUGAAGUCCCGUUCCUCUAAAACUAAGCACACCAUGUUACAGCCAAACACUGGUUUGUCACCAUAGUUGUGUGUUCGUAACACGUAGGAACGUUUGUGGAAGUCCGGCUUCUGCUAAUAAACUUCCCCUUUGACCAGACUGCCCAGCAUUGUUGGUGAGUCAGAUAUUGUUGACCACCACUUCCUGUCACCCACCACAAUAAAUCCAUUAGCUGUGCACCACUUCACAUCCUCUCUUAUUGAUUUAUAGCAAACAGCUAUCUAGUGAGCCCCUCCUGCCUCUGUGACAGGCAUUGUGGGACAUGCGGGGGGGUAGGGGAUGCGUGGUUUGUGGAUUGGGAAGGUUAGUGGUCGGUGUUAAGCUGUAUCCCAUUGGGACAACUGAACCCUGACUCUGUAGGGAAGAAGUGCAUAUAGAGCACAAUGUCAACCCGGCAGGCUCAGCAGGCUGCACCAGCCAUUAGCUGUGUGAGUGCACGGUCCUGUGUUAAAGUAAUAUGGGAAACUGUCGGGAGAAAGAGGAGCGCGGUUGCAUUGCAUGUCAGGGGACGUAUAUGUGACAGCGGGCGUGUCGGGGGAGCAGCCCGUAUGUUAAAUGGUUGAUCCGUGCAGAUGGUGCAGAAAGCUUUACAGAUGUGUGGAAACUUAAUCUGCUUUAUUUGCAUGUCAGCCUAAACAUGACAUCAGCAGCCCUGUUAAGAAUCACAGACAGACAGACAGACAGACAGACAGAUGAGGUUAAGUUUUUAACCACAAAGCUGGGAUGUUCUGACUACAAGCAGGAAGUGCAGGUCACAUGCACUAAUGCAAACAUCUCUGCUCCUAACAUGUUUUCCUCCUCUUUCUAAGUGAAAGAAAAAGAUGUACUUUUUAAAAAAAUAUUUAAAGUUAGAGACAGUCAUGAAGUUUGACACCACCUUCAUCUCUGUACCUCAAAUUUGACACUACAGCCAGCCAAUGAGGCGGUUAGCUCAGCUGUUGCCAAGUGAAAAGUUGCCAGUUUCUGUUUGGGGAUAAUGUUCUGAUCAGGGAUUAUGCCCACGACUAUAUUAAGCUGUUUUUGAUCUUAAUUUGAUUUUUAAAUCAUUUGUAUUAUUCAGUGAGCGCUUGAGGUGCAGGUGGGUUUAGUUUAUUAGAUCAGGACAGAAAAACCAUAGACGUCAGCUCUUGUUUUCUGAAGUUCUGAAGCUGAUUGAUGGGAGUUGCCUUACAAGAAAGCUGACUCAGCCUAACUUUUGCAAGAGGCAAAAAGGUUAUCCUGUUCACUCACAGCUGACUCCUUUUAGUCAAGUCAGCUGGGCCCGUAAUUAUGCAAAAAUCACAAUCAGACCAAAAUCUUUUUUUUUUUUUUUGUUCUAGACUGUAGCUACAUUAUUUUUGUUAUUUGUGUAUUUACAGCCUGCCUCAAGUGGACACUUGUGGAACUGCUGUUUUUGGUACUCCCACUUCCUCAAAAUCACAAUACUUGGGCCACGGUUCAAUAUUAUUGCGAUUUUUAACAUUUUGCUAUACAGUGAGUGUUGCGAUACAAUAUAUUGUGAUUUAUACAAUUUUUUCAACUAUUUAGCUAAUUCAGCAUUUGUCUUUCCUUUAUGUUUGUCUUAUUUACGCUGUAUUUUAUUUUCAUGUAGCACAUCUUGCAAACGUAACUUUUUCCUGCUCUAUGAUGUCUCCUCUGCCAACCUCACUGGACAAAGAGUUGAUUUUAUUUUUCCAUUAUCAUAGAUUUGACUCCAUAUUAGCAAUUCAUUUAGAAAAAUCAAUACUUGGUAGAUGAGAUGAUACGAUACAUCACCAGACAAAAUAUCACAAUACUACGCUGUAUUGUUUUUUUCUCCCACCCCUACUGUUUGAUAGAAAAACAUCUCCUUUAUCAAGUCUGUCUUUAAUGUAAGGUUCACUGAUUUUGUGAUCUGGCUUCAAAUGUAAGACAGAUGAGCACAAAGACUUAUUUGCUGGGAUUAAUCACAUUAUACUUUUGUUUUAUACUUAUUGCUCAGCUAAUCUAAUCAUUUGAUAGCCCUGGCCUUGUAUUUUCUAAAUUAGCUGGUCAAUAUCAGUGUUUUCGUUGGACAGUCAAACUUGAGAUAAAAGCACUGCCAAAGAUGUCAAACUUUAGUCUUCUCCAGGUAGACAUACAGACUGAAAAAGUCCUGUGUUAAGUUAUUCUGAGACAACCAUGAGGGAACAUAAUAAAUCACUGCAAACUCUGCAAUAAAGUGUAUAAUAGGAGCCUCUGAGGAUUUCAGCCAGGGGAUCUCCAGCCCCCAGGGCCUCUUUCCUGAGUCAUCCUGACCUGCUUCAUUCCUGCUGAGACCUAAAGAAAAGCUUGAGCCAAUAAACUAAAACAACUCUGGCAUGGUUUUGAUAACCUUUCUAUCAGUUUUUAACCACAAGAUUAAUUCAUCAUGAAGAAGACUCACAUUACAGUUUAGCCCCUCUAGCCAUAAGGUGUAUUCAACCUCGCCCAGUUGUCUGGUACACCCUCACUCUCUGCCACACCCUUGUUCAGUGCGAGUCACUGCUGGGGUGACACUCCCUGUGUAACAUGCCUGUGGUUGCACAGGGGGCUGAUGAGUGAACCUGUUCUCAUGGCCGAGUUAUUCAUUCAUUGUCACUCAGCUGGCGUGUCCUCGUUGUAUCUGUGAGUUUCAUGAGUUUCUGAGUGAGUCAGUGGGAUCAGUUUAGAGUUCAUUCAGUGUUAGCAGAGUACAGAAAGUCUGCACCACUCAGCAAGAGAUUUACAAACGACAGAUUGAAUAUAUGACGUUCGUGUGGAAUGUGACACUGGUGUUUCAGCAACAAGUGAACAGUAUCUACCUCUGCUUUUCUCUUACAACUCACUCACUGGCAGUUUUCAGUGAUACGCAUUCCUGAUUUUACUGUGGAGGUUUUUUUUUCUCUUUUCCAGCAGGAGAAGCUCCUUAAACACAAGCUGCUACUUAAAACAGACAGUGGGAGGUGAUGAGUGUCAGAUUUGUGCAUCCUGAGUGAAGAGUGUGGCUCCCAUGUUGUGGAUGUAGGUGGGUGGAUGAAUGGUUGUAAGGGCUGUGGUGGGAAUAACAAUUGCAGAGCAAGGUACAGUGAAAGUGACGGGGUGCAUCACUCAUUAACUGAGAGAGAGCAAAGUCCAGCUGAAAGUGCACAAUAAAACCAGGGGCUUUUAUCCAGCACUGAACUAUACCUUCAAUUUAACACAGUAAAAAAACUGUGUGUUUUCUCUAAAUUUCAGUUUUGGUGUAUGUUUCAAAUACAGAUUGUUUUCUUUCACUGGUUUGAGCUACAGUCACGAAAAAAGAAAUUAUCAGGAAAACCCAAGAGGCAACAAUCCUUAUCAGCAAUCCGGCAAGUUUCGCUCCAGACAUCAGAUGGGUCAGCAGAUAAAACCCCCACAGUACAGAGCCUGAGUGAAAUUUCAGUUACCUAGGCGAUAUGCGGGGCGUGUCGCAGCAUUGCAACAGUUGGCUGAACCCGCUGCCUCGCCCAGGAAAACAAAGACUACACAAACACUGUCCCUGAUUUACAGAGAACAGAAAAGUUCUGUGUUAGCGUGCUGUGAAUGCUGUUAGUCUCUUUCAAACAGCGGCUACAGGGGGCAAACACAUAAAUUUACUUUCAUACAAAAGCUUUAAAAAAGGCAGAACGGAGUGGUUUGUUUCUUUUAAUCCAGUCCCAUUCCCUCACUGAUGAGUAGAGAGUCAAUCGUUUGGAUCUUGACGGCAGGCCCUCCUGCUCGGUUUUCAGAGAGGCCACACCUUUAGUUGGAAAGGCAGAAAUACUCAGUGAUUGUAAGCAUAGUUUCUGUCUGUGCAUGUAUGAAUCAGGGCUUUAUCUGAAAGGUAGCAUGUAGCUACAAGCAGAGGCAGUCUUCCGAGGUCUGGUCCUGCAGGAUCUCACGCCAGACUUACAGCUACUGAAACUCUUUGAGUCCUUUUCGUGAGUAUCAACAAUAAAACAUGUCCAGACUUUACAGAAACAGCAGAUUUAGGUCAGUGUACGGAUUAUGAAUGAAACGAAUGCAUGGUAAACAACUUAAACAUGCCAAUAACAAGUGGGGAGGUGUGAGUAAUUUACUAGACCGAGUAAGUCGUGUCACAGCUGGAAAAUCCAAGACAGACGAUGGCUAAUGAAGAACAUGAAGCACACACAUUUCUCUGUUUGACACACAACAACAUCCGUCAUACAAACUAAUGGAAAACAAAGCCCCCCUGCCUGCUAGAGCUACAACGCUACACACACUACCACAAACACCACUGCACACACACACACACAUAGAUGCCUAGGGGAGAAAAGUGGGCGGGGUCGGCUGAGGGACUGAAACACAACACGACACAACCCUAUGCAAAGCCUGGGGGCAUGAAGAUGAGGGCGUGGCGCUUUAACUAAUAUGAACAGUUCCAGUCCAAAGCAGCCAGACAAAGCAGUUCAUCUCUGUACAAAUUCUGUUCCUCCAAACCUGUAGAUCAACUUUGAUUACAGUACUCAACACAUUGUUAAGUAUGAAUGCGAGCAGAGGGAAAGGUGAUAAUUCAAGGGUUUAUGGCUCAGUUUACGCCAACACUGCAGCUCGACACUGUGGAUUUUAGCCCCGACUUGUUUUAUUAGCUGUGAAGACAGAAGAUAAGACUGGUUGCUUAUUGCGUGGAAUCGAGUCAUAAACAGCUGUCAUAGAGAAGAGCUCCAAGAAGGGCAAUAAUUUCCACCCUUUCCUUCUUCUGUUAAGGCCUUUGCUGAUUGACUUCGCCUUUUUAAAUCCCUCAUACCUUCAGUUCAGCAUCUGGCGUGCCCGCAGAGAUUGGCACAGACACACACGAGCACAAUGCACCCCUGCAAUGUUCUCCGCAAAGAAUCCUGUCAGUGACUGUCAGACAUCUGAAAAUACUUGUAACCAGCACAGUGGAGGCAUUGUGCGGUAUCGGCCGUAUUUCACAUGCAGAAUGUAAUUAUGAGUGGAUUUCUGUGGUGGGUGACAUUCAUGCCGCAGAAAUGUGGAGAUAGAAAUUUGGAGGCUAUUUUGAGUCUCAUUACAUCAACGUUUAUGAAGAAAGGUUCUAGUUUAAGUUAUUUAUUAGAGGAAUAUGCUUUUUAAACAGUAAAGAGAAUAACAUGUAAGUACAGUAAGCCAAUGUAACAAAACGGCCGUGUUCAGACAGUAUCGAUGAGGUGUUUCAGCGUGAGUCAAACCCUGAGCAAAUUUAGCAGGAAGUUUUUUUUUAAACAAGGUGAGAUCAUGAAGGGGGGGCCGGCACAAACCUGCAACAACAAGCACAGCAGUUACUCAAUCUUGAGCACCGCCCACAGAGAAAAUCUACGCAAGCCAGAGAUGUCAGACCGAAGCUAUUCAAAGAGACCCACAAAGGCCGGUUUAAUGGACUUGAUUAAGUAAUGAUGUAAACUGAAGUCUCAAGUAAAGUCCCAGGAGUUCUCUUUGACGAGAAGUACGCUUUCUGUCUGUACACACACACACACUCUCAGCCGGCGGAGUGCAAACCUGACAAGCAGGUUUCCUCUGAUUGCCAUGCGUCAGCAGUAGGUUGCUCCCACGGCUGUAUGGGUGGAGGCCCGGGGUGAAAGGUCACUUGGGCUGGCUAGCAUUCCAGACUUACAGCUGUCUCUCCGCCCACCUCGCCUUCUCUCUCCCCCGAGAGCCUCUGCUGCUGCUAUGUGUUGUCAUUUUCAGGUCAGGGUGCAUGUCUAAGAGUGAGAGGAGUGUGCUAAGGGGUCUUCUUGUGGGCUGUUAGACUCCAGCUGCGUAGAAAACCUGAAAGACAGGGGGCUGUAUAAGGGUACAGAAACCUCACUGGAGUAUUUAUUUAUUCAUGAAGAAAAAGAGGCGUGCAGGUUGUCAUCAUUAUGGCAGAAAAAUGUUCCGCUGGAUAUUAACCUUGCCUCUGUUUGUGUGUUUUUUAGGUUCGCUUCAGCGUUGUUUUGAUAACGGGAAGCCAGGAUGGCAAUGAGUAAGUGAUUUUCCAUUAAAUUGCAAUACAUUUUUUGCAGCCUAUUAACACUAUGGUUUGAUGUUAAUCUGUAAUUUUGUAUUUCCAUGUUCAUUUGUUCUGCAUCACCUCCUUCAAAGCUACUUCUGUAGGGAAACUUUGAAUAUUUUGAUCUUGACGUUUCCUACUUCCAACUAUUGUUUUCAUGUAUUUAUAUUGAGGCCACUCCCAGAAUAUAAAUAAGAACUGAAGGUGACUUCUGGAAAACUGUUCUCAUCAAUGUUAAAGGAAGAAACAUCAGAGUAAAAGAUACGCAAGAUAUAAUUAUUAGGAAUUAAUGUAGUAGAGAAAAGAUGUGCUGUAGUAUCCUCAUAAAUCCCUCACUCCAUAUUGACCAAAUUUGGAAGUAAAUGUCCUGCUUUGAUUCCUCACAAUCCUCCUCUUUCUGCUCUGCAGGGCCUGA